GGUUUACUAAUUAUCAUUUCGAAAAUGGCGCCCAACCAUGAAGACGGAAAAUCUAAUACUGAAACAACAGCAUUCACAACUAGUCAUUGCGAACCAGAAAAUCUGACAAAGUUAGCAGAGAUUAAGAAGGAAGAAGGAAAUGUUUUUUAUAAACAGAAGAAAUACAGAGAAGCAAUAGAGUUAUACAACAGUGCCAUAGAGCUAUGUCCUGAUUCUCCAGUCUUCUAUGGUAAUAGGGCUGCCUGUUUAAUGAUGCUUGGACAAUACCAAAAGGCUUUAAGUGAUAUACAGCAAUCAUUAUUUUUAGAUGAAAAGUAUGUCAAGGGACACAUUCGAGAAGUCAAGUGCCACAUCGUCCUGGGUGAUGUACUGUCAGCUUCCUGUACAUUACAAAGAAUACAAGAUCUUGACCCACAACACCCAUCCCUUUCAGUAGAGAGAAAACACUUGGAGAUACUUCAGUUUUUUGUUGAAGAAGGAAAUAAAGCUUAUGAGAAAAAAGACUUCAGAAAGGUCAUCUUCUGCAUGGACAGGGCCCUUAGUCAAGCCAGUGCCUGCACCAGGUUCCAAUUGAUCAAAGCAGAAUGCAUGGUCUUUCUCAGAAGAUACCAAGAAGCUCAAGAAAUUACAAGUGAUAUCCUUCACAUUGAUGCCUUAAAUGUAGAUGCGCUGUAUGUCAGAGGAAUGUGUCUCUACUACCAAGACAACAUAGACAAGGCUUUCAACCACUUCCAGCAAGUGUUGAGACUUGUUCCAGAUCACAACAAAGCUCAGGAAAUGUACAAGAAAAUCAAACUACUGAGAACUAAGAAAGAAGAGGGCAAUGUGUUUUUCAAGGAGGGAAACUACCAAGAAGCCCAUAAUAUCUACACUGAAGCCUUAAGCAUAGAUCUCAGUAAUAUUUCUACAAAUGCUAAACUGUAUUUCAAUCGAGCUACUGUAUGUGCAAAAAUGGCUAGAAUUAAUGAAGCUAUUGAAGACUGCAGUAAAGCAAUCAACCUAGAUGAAAACUACAUUAAGGCCUACUUACGAAGAGCUAAGUGUUACAUGGAGACACAGAUGUAUGAAGAAGCUGUCAGAGAUUAUGAAACUGUGUAUGCAAAAGAAAAGAGACAAGAGUAUAAACAAAUUCUGAACCAUGCCAAAUUUGAACUCCGAAAAAGCAAAAGAAAAGAUUACUAUAAAAUCUUAGGUGUGAGCAGAAAUGCUAUGAAUGAUGAAAUAAAAAAAGCAUAUCGUAAGAAAGCCCUUCUUUGUCAUCCAGAUCGUCACACUAAUGCUACAGAGGAUGAACGGAAGGAACAAGAAAGGAAGUUUAAACAGAUUGGUGAAGCUUAUAGUAUUUUGUCUGAUUCAAGCAAACGCAACCGCUAUGACAAAGGUUUUGAUACUGGUGACCUCGGUGAUGCUGGAACAGGUGGCAUGGAUCCUAAUGACAUCUUUGAAAGUUUCUUUAAAAGUCGAACAUCACGAUUUCACAAUGGAUUCUCCUCAUUCCCAAGUGGUUUCCAUUACCAAUUUGGUUAAGAGCUAAUAUAACCUAAAAUUUUUUCAAACUUGGACAUUUUGAGUAAUAAUAAAUUUGCUCUGUAUUUAUAUAAUAAGAUAUUAUUUUUAUUUUAUUAUUGUACUAGAGUUGCAUUCUCAAUGUUUUGAAAUGUCUAAGAUCAUUAUUAAACUUUUCAGUGUCUUAAACUCCUUGAAUAUGUUUGUAAACAUCAUUUGGUUAGUAGUUAGUAUUAGAGGUUUAGGUCAUCUUUGUAGUACAAUAGUUUUAUAUGGUAAAUGUAAAAUUAGAAAGUAGUCUCUCCAGUUACUAUAAAUUAAUGAAAAAUGCAUACUAAAAAGAAAAUUGAUUGGUAAGUUGUAAAAUACCUGCAUGUUUCUAGAAAAACAAUGGCUAAUAGUAGCUGGAAAAACCAGGGAAUUUUUACAAAACAUGCAGUAAGUUGUUAUCUGAAUACCUGUAUGAACUUUUCAGGCUUCUACAUUGUUCAUUAGUAUUGGAAUCAUGUAAUUGUUUGAUAGGUAUUGUUGAAAAAUUAAUUAUUUUGAAUAUAUUCACUAAUAUUAGACACAUUAUAUUAGUAAACUGUCAGUUCAAGAAAAAUUCUAAAAAAUUACUUUAUAUCUAUUAUCAAAUAUCCUUUAACCCUUUAAGCACGCCUGUUGCUAUAUGGCAAACACAUAAUACAGUUUGACUUUCCUGCUAGAAGUGCAAAUUAAGCACACAAAGUGUCAGGCAAAGUCUAUUCUGCACAGAUGUUGAUUUCAGUUGCAGAUUCGGAUCAACAUGGCUUACAUUGCUUUUCAAACAAUUGGUGAUAUUUGCUGUUGAAAAUUGCUUAAUUUUUAUUAGAAAAUGGAAUCAAGUCACUCCAGUGUUUUCUCACUUGAAGAGACAAUUGAACUUGUGCAAGCUGUUAAUGAUUCUGGCUCUGAACCAGAAUUAUCUGACGAUGAUUUUAAGUGUGAUAUGACUGCAAAAAAGUAUGUGCCUAAAGGGUUAAACCUUAGGAACUGCAGUGAGUUUAUAGUUCUGUAUAAGUAAUAGAAAUUAACUACAAAUAAAAGUAUUAUUGAUUAACAGCUAAGUUUCAUGUAUAACAUGCAUGAUGUUUUCUUUGUGACAAUAAUAAAAGAGGUUUAGUACAUUUGUUUUUUAUUUAAAACAUUACUGAAACAUGUACAGUGUAUUCUUGUUGUUUUCAUCUAUGGAAAUUCUGAUAGAGGUCCAGUAUGUUCAUUAGUCUAAGAAAUUUUUAUUUCUUAUUUUUUUAUCUGAGGCUUUGGUAUUAAAAUUGAAUUCUUGCUGUGUAGUUUUUAAUCCCUGCUUACAUUGGACUAUUAAAGUUGCAGAAAAGUUAUGUAGUGAUAUUUUUGUGUUAUAUCUACAUAUUUAUAUUAACUUUUCUUGUAUGUGGCUGGGUACUGCCUGGCAACAGAUCAUUUAAAUAAAAAAGAUAAUAAUUGAAAAAUAUGAAACUUAAAGUAUGACUUAUGUUAGAGAAAGUUUUAGGUAGUGUAUUUUCUGGUUGAAUAUUUUCAUAUGGAUAAUGACUCUGUGCUCACCUGAUAGAGAACUUGGCACAGAAUCUUAAAUGCCAUCUCCAAAACUACAGAGAAGGCAGGAGCAGUUCAGCAUAAUUUAUAUGGGCACUUAGGUAGCAGUUACUCAGUAUUUUGUUGAUCUUAGAUUAACCUGUUUUAAAUAUAAUUUAUAGUAAGUUAAUGAACUGAUGUAAUUAUUUUUGUGCAGAAUAACAAAACAUUUUAUGUUAAAACUUUAAGAUACAUCGUAAAACAAAAAAAGAAGCUCUUGAUUAUUUUCAUUAAAGAAAAAAUUAUAAUAAAUCGUAUUAUUUAUGACGAGAGAAGAAAAGUUAGGAAUCAUUUAGAAAUUUUGGUUUUAUAGUCAUAAUUAGUCAAUUUUUGUUUCACUUACGUUUUGUAUGGUUGUACUGGAAUUUGAUAUUUUUUAAAAUGCAAAUAAUAGAAUUAAUAUAUAACCCUCAAGAUACUGAAAAUAAGAAUAAGGUAUAAAAAUAUUUAAGAAAAAAAGAUAUCUUUCGAUUAAACCACUUCUUUUAAUUAAUUGUAAAUUUUAUUUUGUUCAUUAAUGUCAUGGACUUUAAUAUGAAUUAAUUUAACUAGUCAGUCCAAAUGCUAGUUUGCUGUUUAUGUACCCUGAAGAACGAAAGCCUGUGAUAAAUAUGAGGUUACUCGUACAUCAAAUAUGUGUUGUACUAACAAAUGUUUUGUGUCACUUUGUGCAAAGUUGAGAUUGCUUCUAACAAUUUUUUUUUCAGAUUGAUAAGCACUGAUGGCUUUUGUGUGCAGUUGAAAAUAAGUGAACUGUACUUAGUGAUCUCACUUUUUAUACAGUUAUAACUGAAAAUUAGUUUAAUUUUCUGUAAUGUUGCUUGUAAUAUUUGCAUGUAUUGUUCACAGCUUUUAAUACCUUGUUGAAUCUUACAGAUGAUAUCUUGAAUAAAUAUCUUUGAUGUUUUGUAUCACUCUGUUUCAACACUAUGAUAUUGAAAUUCUUUUAGUAUUCCUGUGAGAGAAAAAAGGUUAUUAAGAAAAAUUCUGAAGAAAACGUUUUAGAGUUGAAACUUCUAGUUAAGAAUAUUUUCUCUUCAAUAGUUUGUGUACUAAUCAGGGAAACAGUUUGAAUUAAAGAGUGAGUUUAUGAUGAAAGAUAAAAAUGUUUUCAUGUUGAUCAAUUUAUGGUUUUGUUGGUUACAAAGAACAGGGUGGAUUCAAUCCCAAUUUAAUAAUAGAGGAUUGUGUGUUUUCUCUUGAUUGGUUUAUGGGUUUGUUUGAGAAUAUUAGGGUUUUAAACCCAACUUAACAAUGAAAGAAAAGAUCAAAGGUUUUCUUUUGUUUACAAUAGUUUGUCUUCUACAGAGAAAAAUUAAGUUAUAGUGAAGUAUUAUGAUUUACUUGUUAAGAAGAGCAGUAUGAUUUGGAACUUAGUUUAAUAAUUAAAGUGAAUAUAACAUGUCUAAUAAUUAUUGAUUUUUUCUGUUAAAAAGAGUAGUGUGGUUUGAAACCUAAUUUAAUAACGAAUGGUAAGAUUACUUUCCUUUCUGGUGGAUUAUAGUUUUGUCUGUUACAGAGAACAGCAUGAUUUGAAGCUCAAUGUAAAAUAAGCAGCACAAUGCUUCUGUGUGUGUCUGGUGUAAGUAUUAUUGUAAAUGUAUAUUCUACUGCUGAACUAUUAACAAGACAAUAUUAGAUGUGGAAUGAAUAGUCUUCACUUGGUACUUUCACCUAUGGUGAACAGUAUGAUUGUGAACAUGGUUGUUCUUAAGAAAAAUUGGUAAACCUUGAGCUAUGUUUUAAAUUUUUGUAUAAUCAUUUUAAAAUGCUUAUAUAAAUUAUAUAAUAGACUGAGCACUUGGAACUAUUUUGAGUGCAUUUUUUUUAUCACUAUUUUUGUUGGAUUAAAUAAGAUAUUAAAAACUUAUAUAAAGCUUUAUGGAAAUGAGUUUAUAACAUGAAAUUAAGUUGAAAAUAUAUUUUAAUGUGUUGUUUAUUUUAAUAGGGUCACAAAUAAUAAUGAUGGUCAACUACAUAGAAUCAUAAGUCUGUAUUAAAUACAUUUUUGUACUCUAUUCUGUCAUUGAAACAUUGAAUGAGUUGUAUCUCACUGAUUCUGAACAUUAUAGAAUAAUGUUAAAUCUUUAUGAAAAGAAUGCAGGUAGUUAAGUUAUAAAGCUGUGGAAACUAUUUAUUUGGUAGGUCUCAUUAAAUAAACCCACAGUAAACUGUGUGAAAGUUGAUGAAAUCAUAUUGACUGUCAGUUAUAGUGAUUGUUUAACAAUGUAUUUAACAUAUAUUCUUGUGCUUGGGUUAUAAUAAAAUGUUUGAAAGACCAAAA